GUCGACGGUCCACCCAAUCUGAAAAGAUCAACCUGACUUAGUAUCAUAUUCCAUCACGUCUCGUAGACCCAAUCAGUAUAAAAGGAUAGUAAGGAUCCAUUUUCUAUACAUCAAUAAACAAAUCAUUUUCCAUACAUACAAAAAUGGCAGAAUCUUCAUCAACCAAAAUCGGUCUUAGGUUAGCCGGCAAAGUAGCCAUCGUCACCGGAGGUGCCAGCGGUAUCGGCAAAGAGACGGCGCAUCUCUUUGCCAAUCAAGCUGCACGUAUGGUGGUGAUUGCUGAUAUUCAAGACGAGCUGGGAAUUCAAGUGGCUGAAUCUAUUGGCACAGAUAGAUGCACCUUUAUUCAUUGUGAUAUUAGAAUUGAAGAUGAUGUCAAAAAUCUCGUUCAAUCAACCGUCGAUACUUAUGGACAAAUAGAUAUUAUACAUUGCAAUGCUGGGAUUAUAAGUCCAAGUGAUCAAACCUUGUUGGAACUCGACGUUUCUCAAGCUAACGGUGUGUUUGCAACUAAUGCUAUAGGAACUGCAUUGUGCGUAAAACAUGCCGCACGUGCGAUGGUGGAUGGUAAGGUGAGGGGUAGCAUUGUCUGCACGGCGAGCAUUUCUGCUAGCUACGGUGUCACGACAGGGACAGAUUACUCCAUGUCAAAGCAUGCGGUAUUAGGGUUAAUGCGCUCAGCGAGUGUCCAACUUGCAAAAUAUGGUAUAAGAGUGAACUCAGUGUCGCCAAAUGGAUUAGCAACACCAUUAACUGAGAAAUUGCUAGAUGCGGACGCAAAGACAGUGGAAGAGAUAUUUUCAAAAUUCUCGAUGUUGAAAGGAGUGGUUCUAAGGACUAAUCAUGUGGCAGAUGCUGUGUUGUUUUUGGCAUCUAAUGAUUCUGAUUUUGUCACUGGUCUUGAUCUUCGUGUGGAUGGUAACUAUAUUACUAGUGACGCUGUAAUUUAAGGGAUAAAGCAUCACACUUCUAGUAGUGCAAAGAGUGAUGCACAUGAAAGAAAUAAAUGGAAUAAAAGAUGCUGAUUGGUAGCAGAUGCUGAUUGGUUGCAUGGUGUUGUGUAUUUUGGCUUUAGCCUAAAUUGGAGUAUGUCUGUGAUAUUGAUGUUGUGUAGCUUUUCUUUUGGAUUGAUGGUCUUCCGUUAUGUGUGAUGUAUAUCUUUGUAUCUUUAGGCAUUCCUUAUGCCUUGUAUUAAUGGUACUCUUUUCCUUUUGCUUUUUAAAGAAAAUGGAAUAAUAGAAAUAUCUAAGUGCAAUAUUUUGAUAUGAUAAA